AUGUAUAACUCGUCAGAGAUCGUUCGUCACAGACACCCGAAUUUAGUCACCAACAAGGUUCUCUUCGUCAUCGUCAUCUCUGUCAGCAUUCCAAGUGUCUUCAUCAAUCUCUUUGCAACAUAUCGAUUGCAUGGCAAUACCAAACUGAGUGUGUUUGCAUUUCGUUGCAUUCUACAUGUCAGCUUACUAACCACAUGCAUUUGUGUACCAUGUUUCGCCAUGGAGUUGUACUUCAACUCCCACUUUCCCUCAUCACUACAAUUGUGCAAGAUCUGGCUCAUUGUCGACUAUUCAUCUGUCGUGUGUCUUGCUCUUCUCGUCUGCUGGGCAUCUAUACAACGGCACAUACUCAUAUUCGGUCCCAUGCACAUCAAGAAACUGCAAUCGACAUUGAAGUUCAAACUCAUGCCCAUCAUCUUUGCCUUCGCUUUUCCAUUGAUCUGGUAUUCGGUGUUGAUAUCAACAUGCACCUAUGAGGCUGUCGAUGUGGACAACUUUCGAUGUCGACCGUGUUUCGAAGAUGAGAAGACAGUGUUUCUGAUUGAUAUCUUGUUCAGUUUAUUGUUACCAUUAUCGAUUACGACCGUGGCAACAUUUCUUCUACUCAUACGUAUCAUUCGUCUUCGCUUUCGUUUGUUUCGUUCGAACGUGAAGAAGUGGCGCCGAUGCAAACGUCUCACACGUCAGAUGAUUUUGUUUUCUUUUAUUUAUCUAGUUGGUCUAAUGCCGUACGUGUUAACGAACUUGAACUCUCUGUACAACUUCUGGCCGCGGAUCAACGACUUUUCUUACAUACAAAUCGCAAACACGUUCACAUAUGUUCCUUGUUGUUUCUCGUCGUUUUUGAGUAUCUAUGCGUUUCCGGAAAUCUGGAAACGUCGACGGAAUCGAGGUCACCAGCGAAGUGUGAGAAGAAAUCAGAAAUGUGAAGAAACAUCGCUGACAUCACCGUCAACCUUUGUGGGUACGAAAACUCCAAGUGAAGCAUAA